AUUUUUUUUUAUGUGAAACAAAGCUCAUCUAAAUGUGCCCAAAAUGAAAGUUACAAUCAAAUCAUGGAUGGGUGUUGCAUCAUGGCGUUGGAUAGCAAAUGAUGAAAAUUGUGGCAUUUGUCGUAUGUCAUUUGAGAGUACAUGUCCGGAAUGUGCGCUUCCCGGCGAUAAUUGUCCAUUGGUGUGGGGCGUCUGUACGCAUUGCUUCCACAUGCAUUGUAUUGUCAAGUGGCUGAAUUUGCAAACUAUGAAUAAGCAGUGUCCAAUGUGCCGACAAGCUUGGAAGUUUAACUUUCACUAAACGCUUGGAAUUCAAU